AUGUCACCCUUCGAGUUCGUGAUCGUUGGCAGUGGCCCGGCUGGAAGCGCCCUCGCUGCUCAACUUGCCAAAUCGCCCGCCAAGCCCCACGUCCUUCUACUGGAAGCAGGCAAGAGUAAAGAUGACCGUAAUCUCCGCGUAGACGGGCAGCGCUUCACCACCUUCCAGGAUAAGUCCAUGAACUGGGGCUAUAAGACUACCCCGCAAAAGGAUUGUAAUGAUCGUGAGAUUGACUACAGUCGCGGUCGCUGCAUGGGAGGAUCGAGUGCCAUCAAUUUCGGUGUUUACAGCGUCGGCGCGCGUGAUGAUUACCAAGAAUGGGCACGGAUCGUUGGCGAUGAGGAUUAUGCGUGGGGAAGCAUCCAGAGAAGGUUCAAGGAGCUUGAAACUUUCCACGGGAAAGUCCCGGACGGCCUGGACACAAAGUACGCGGACCCCAAGCCGGAGAAUCAUGGCAGUGAAGGGCCAUUGCACGUGGGCUUUGCCCGCGAGUGGGAGAGAGAUUUCACGGAACUCUUGAAUGUCUUUGAGGAAGCUGGAUUUGCCCUCAAUCCAGAUCAUAACUCGGGGAAUCCAAUUGGAAUGUCAGUGUUGAUCAACUCGGCCUCAAACGGACUGCGCUCAACGGCCGAAGACCUUGUCACUGGGCACGAGGUGGCAAAUUUGACCAUUAUCACUGGCGCACCGGUGCAACGUGUCCUGUUGGAAGGAAAAAAGGCCGUGGGCGUUGAAUCGAAUGGCAAGAAAUAUUACGCCUCAAAGGAAGUCAUCUUGUCCGCCGGUUCGCUGAAUGAUCCUCGCAUUCUGAUGCAUUCCGGAAUUGGCCCCGCCAGCCAACUUCAAGCCCACAACAUUGACGUUGUACUUGAUGUUCCCGCGGUCGGUCAGGGUCUUCGCGAUCAUUGCUUUGUGCCGAUGGUGAGCACUCGUACCGAAAGCAGCACAGACCGAAAAUCCUUCUAUGGCUCUCAGGCCGCUAUGGACGCGGCACAAAAGCAAUGGCAAGAGAAUGGGACCGGGCCAUGGGCGAAAUUCGCCUGUGAGCUGGGGAUUGGCUGGUUCAAGCUCACUGAGCAACUUACUUCCUGGCCGGAGUUCCACGCCCUCUCGAAAGACGAACAAGCAUAUCUUCUUCAGGAAACUGUGCCCCACUACGAGAUUAUUACGCAUUUCCCCAUCCACUGGUUCAUUCCGGAAUUCCCGCCUGAGGCGCUAAAUUACUCCUGUUUACUUGUCUUUUUGUUCAACGCGCAGACUCGUGGAGAAGUAACCUUGCAGUCGACCGAUCCCGAUGCUCCACUUCUUUUCAAUCCAAAAUUCCUUGCCCAUCCGUUCGAUCGUCGGCUUGCGAUAGAGGCCCUUCGAGACUCGUUCCGGAUCGCCAAGCACGAGUCAUACACAAAAGAUAAUGUGGCCGAGUUGGCGAUGCCCAAGAGCGAAUCAGACGAGGACCUUCUUGAAUAUUGGCGUCAGAACAUUUCUUCCAGUUGGCAUAUGACAGGGACUGUGAAGAUGGGCAAGAAGGGUGACCCGGAUGCCGUCGUCGAUUCUGAUUUCAAGGUGGUAGGCAUUGAAAAUUUAAGGGUCGCUGAUAUGGCCGUUGUCCCGGUGUUAGUCAAUGCCCAUGUUCAAGCUGCUGCCUACGUCACUGGUAUAACUUGCGCGGAGAAGUUGGUAAAGGAAUACAACCUUGCCUAG